UGUGUUCUUUUGCCGAACAUGGAAACAUGCCAGCCUGGAACUCUCUUUUCGCCGUUUACUCCUCCCUUCUCGCCUCUGAGCAGAUACAAAACACCCUCGCGCGUCCAUAGCCCUUCCCGUCCCAAUACAUGAAGUAACACUUUUUCCUCCGCCAAUCUCUAAGACUUCGAGCCUGUGAUAAUCCGACUGGUCCGCAACUCUCUCCACGAUUGCUGUAAGAGCCGGACCGCAUCAUGCACCACCCCACCCUCUGCGCUGUAGCAGUCGCCCUGCUGUCCGCGCUCCCUGGGGUGCAGGCAGGUCUCUACACCAAGAAAUCACCGGUGUUGCAAGUGGAUGCCAAGGACUACGAUAGGCUGAUCAACAAGAGCAACUACACUUCUAUCGUCGAGUUUUAUGCUCCAUGGUGCGGGCACUGCCAGAACCUCAAGCCGGCUUACGAAAAAGUGGCCAAGAACCUCGAGGGUCUUGCCAAGGUUGCCGCCGUGAACUGCGACGAUGACGCGAACAAGCCCCUCUGCGGGUCUAUGGGCGUCCAAGGCUUCCCGACGCUGAAGAUUGUGCGGCCAAAGAAGGGUGGAGGCAAGCCAAUCGUCCAAGAUUACCAAGGCCAGCGGACAGCGAGCGCUAUCGUCGACGCCGUCGUCCAGCAUAUCAACAAUUACGUGGUUAAGGUGGAAGACAAGUCGCUGGACAAUUUCUUAGCCGACAAGGAGAAGCCCAAGGCCCUUCUCUUCACCGAAAAGGGUACUACAUCGGCACUGCUCAAGAGCAUCGCCAUCGACUUCUUGGAUGUCAUCACCAUCGGCCAGGUGCGAAACAAGGAAACCAAGACGGUCGAGACGUUCGGCAUCGAGAAGUUCCCUACUCUGGUGCUCCUCCCCGGCGGCGAUGCCCCGCACAUUGUCUACGACGGAGAAAUGAAGAAAGAGGCGAUGGUCCAGUUCCUCUCACAGGCCGGGCAACCAAACCCCGAGUCGCCACCCAAGAGUAACAACAAGAAGGACAAGGAGAACGAGACUAGCAAGGCAUCGGAGAAGUCAAAGUCCACUUCGACUUCGUCCAAAGCCUCGUCCGCCACUGCUGGAUCGGAGACGGAAACAGCAACACAGGAAGCCCCGGUCAUUGUCGAGACCGCACUGCCGAUUCCUUCUAUUAACUCGCCGGAGAAGCUGAUCAAGGAGUGCUUGACAGAGAAGUCUCACACCUGCGUGUUGGCCUUUACCUCCUCAAGCGAGGAUGAAAAGGCCAAGAAGGCUCUCGAGAGUCUCUCGCAGUUGGCCUUCAAGUACGCUCAGGGCAAGCGCAACCUGUUUCCCUUCUACGAGGUUCCCAAGAGCAACGAAGGCGCAGCAAACCUCCUGAGGGCACUUGACCUCAUCGGCGACGUCGAACUCGUCGCCGUCAACGCCCGACGCGGAUGGUGGAGGCACUAUGACGCGGCCGACUUUGGCAUCGAGAGCGUUGAGAGCUGGAUCGACGCGAUUCGCAUGAGCGAGGGGGUGAAGAAGAAGCUGCCCGAGGGCAUCGUUGCCAUUGCGGUGGAGGAGCCUACGUCAGCCGCCCCAGAGGCGUCGUCAGAGGCUCCCGAUGCUACGGAGGCCGCCAACAGCGAGGAGGCCACCCCGGUCACCCCUGAGGCUAGCGGCGAGGCGGCGAGCGACUCUCCUGAGGCUGAGCCAACCCAGGCCGCUGACUCCACUGCGGAGCCCGAAACGGCUCACGAUGAGCUUUGAUGUUCUCUGUACUGUGUGUAGUGUAGUCUUCUUUACGAGUUGGUUCGUUAGUGGACAUAACAUGGCGUUGUCGAAGUUGAAAUCAAAACCCAGACAAAAUUUAAAGAACCCAGGAAG